UCGGGGCGGGCGGGGGACGGAGCGCGCGCCCACCGCGUCCCUGCCCCCCUCGAUGGGCGCGGGGGCGUCCCGGCCGCUGCAGCCGCCGCAGGAGCCGGGCUGAGCCGUCGUCGCGCCGCAGCCGCGGGCCGCGUUAAGCCCAUCCACAGUGAUGGCCACGGCCUUACCCAGGACCCUGGGGGAGCUGCAGCUGUACAGAAUAUUGCAGAAGGCCAACCUGCUUUCUUACUUCGAUGCCUUCAUCCAACAAGGUGGCGAUGACGUCCAGCAACUUUGUGAAGCUGGAGAAGAGGAAUUUUUGGAAAUCAUGGCUCUCGUGGGCAUGGCAAGCAAGCCCCUUCACGUUAGAAGGCUGCAGAAGGCUUUGAGAGACUGGGUUACAAACCCUGGCCUUUUCAAUCAGCCACUGACUUCCCUUCCGGUCAGUAGCAUACCCAUCUAUAAAUUACCAGAGGGAUCACCAACCUGGCUCGGCAUAUCCUGCAAUAGUUAUGAAAGGAACAGCAGUGCGCGGGAACCCCAUUUAAAGAUCCCUAAGUGCGCCGCCACCACGUGUGUGCAGAGCUUGGGUCAGGGCAAGUCAGAGGUGGGAAGUUUGGCACUGCAGAGCGUCAGCGAGUCCAGGCUCUGGCAAGGACACCACGCCAGUGAGAGCGAGCACAGCCUCUCCCCAGCCGACCUGGGCUCCCCGGCUUCCCCGAAGGAAAGCAGCGAGGCUCUGGAUGCUGCCGCCGCGCUCUCUGUGGCCGAGUGUGUGGAGCGGAUGGCUUCCACGCUGCCCAAAAGUGACUUGAACGAAGUGAAAGAGCUGCUCAAGAACAAUAAGAAGUUGGCCAAAAUGAUUGGUCACAUCUUCGAGAUGAGCGAUGAUGACCCUCACAAAGAAGAGGAGAUUCGAAAGUAUAGCGCCAUCUAUGGGCGGUUCGACUCCAAGAGAAAGGAUGGCAAACACCUCACUUUGCAUGAGCUCACUGUUAACGAAGCAGCCGCUCAGCUUUGUGUGAAGGAUAACGCCCUGCUGACGAGAAGAGAUGAACUUUUCGCCCUGGCCAGGCAGGUUUCUCGAGAAGUCACUUACAAGUACACGUACAGGACCACCAGGCUAAAAUGUGGCGAACGAGAAGAAUUGUCUCCGAAGAGAAUUAAAGUGGAGGACGGAUUUCCAGAUUUCCAGGAAUCUGUGCAGACGCUCUUCCAGCAGGCCAGAGCCAAGAGCGAGGAGCUUGCGGCGCUCAGUUCUCAGCAGGCUGAAAAGGGCGUGGCCAAGCAGAUGGAGCUCCUGUGUGCCCAGGCCGGCUAUGAGAGGCUGCAGCAGGAGAGGAGACUGGCGGCCGGGCUCUACAGGCAGAGCUCCGGAGAGCACAGCCCAGACGGUCUGCCCUCUGAUGGCUCCGACGGACAAGGGGAAAGACCUUUGAAUCUCCGAAUGCCUAACGUACAGAACCGACAGCCCCAUCAUUUUGUGGUCGAUGGGGAGCUGAGCAGACUUUACUCCAGCGAGGGGAAAUCCCACUCGUCAGAGAGCCUUGGCAUCUUAAAAGACUACCCUCACUCUGCUUUCCCCUUGGAAAAGAAAACUAUUAAGACGGAGCCAGAAGACCCAAGAUAGCUGAGAUUCUCCCAUUGUUCUCUGCAAACGGCACCGGAUUCAAGGAUAAUGCUCCAUCAUAGAAUAAGCCUUAAUAACCACUGUUGCCUCAUUCAGCUCAAACAGAUCACAGCCAAAGCAUAAGAACUCACACGAGUCUGUGGAAACCAGGACAAAGCAACAGCCACAGAGGAGGAAAUCAAGAGAGCGUUGCGAUGUAAUAAACACUGACCAUUACCUUUCUCUGUAAGUUGUUCGUAUGGAGAGGCCCAAUAUUGUAAACAUCCACUAUUUAAGAGUGUACAACGUGUCUGUGUAAUUUAUAGAUGCAAAUCUAGGUGUUGAAACCUUUUGUCUAAACCUUAGGUCUAAUAGAUGUGGAUACCCAUUCUUUUUACUUGAAACUCUGUCUAAAUGUAUUUACAGUAAAUGUCACCAUCAACGUUUAGGACUUGUGCAGUCAUACAGAGAAAGCCUAAGCAACGUAGCGAUGGGCACGGACGGAGGCAGCGACAGGAGAAAGAUGGGAGGCAACCACUCAGUUUACACCAAGGAAGAGGCUGUGUACUGACUACUUGAUUCAAAUUGAUGUUGGUUCAUGGGAAAUGUAUAGCCGGUUCAUGACAGCCGCUCGAGAUGUAAGAAAGUUGGACAGGCGACUUGAAAUAAAUGAGCUAACGUGUGCAAGCCCUGACGUAACCAUUGGUAUUUCCGGAUACGUUGAGUAAAUUAAGGCAUAGUAAGCUACCCCUCCACGUGGUAAAGAUGGCGGCCUGGGUGAAUCGGCAUGGCGUAUGUGUCUUGUUUUUAGUUCUGUAGUAAAUCACGGCUGUAAUAAAUACUGGUCCCCACUCCGCUCUGCGGAACUCCGCUGACCGCGUGUCCUGUGAGGUGGCUGCACCCCAGUCUCUAACCACUGUCACCGUCGCGUUCCGUGGUGACCCGUAGAAGAGGGUCACAGUAGAAAUGCCAGGAAGCAGCUUUCAGGCCUUCAGAUGGCUUCUCUCCCUUCCUACGGUUCCCACGGGACCAGGGCGUUUUGCCCACUGCAGAAGUCUCUUAUGGACCUCAGCCUCUGUGCUACCUUGACGCUGAUUGCUGUGGUUUCCCUGCACACUUUGUGGAGAGCGAGCGCUAGAGCAGAUGAAUAGAACGUUCAGUUUUUAAUAUUAGCCACAGCACUGAUCAGUAGUAGCCCAUGAACCACUUCUUGUGUUCUGUAAUCUAUUUUGAGAAAUGUAUGGGGUCUUCUUUUUUUUUUAAACAAACAAACAAACAAACAAACUUGUGUCUUACAUUUCAGGAUUGUAGAUUUUUAACGUGCAGGUUUUAGGAGAUGGAAUCUUCCAGCUGGUAUUGGACUGUCUCUCCGAGGCCUAGACCCUGCAUCUUUGACUCUAGAAGUAGGUUUCCUUGAGUAACGUACUUUUCUGACUUCCAAGCUUAGAGAUAAAGAAGCACAAAAAAAUGAAAAAAAGUUCAGUAGAAUACAUUUUUUUAUUUUAUAAACACUAAUGUAUUAAACUUGCUAUACAUUAAAGCAAAUAAUAUAUAUUUUUAUUUGAACGGUGUGUAUAAAUUAGAUGUUAUAACUAGUGAUUUCUUUUUUUCCAUUUGGUUUAAGAUAUUUUCACUCAGCAAGGUCAAUUGGUUACCUCAGUAUUACAGCCGAUAUAACCCCAGGGACCAUUUCUCCCCAGGUCUGUAUUAUCUUUAUUGUGUGAAUUCUGAACUUUUUGUGAUUCUUCAAACUGUUGAUAAGAAGAGAUGAGUGUACUUCGCUUCCUGUGGCAAUAAAGACUUCUGUGCCUCACGGA